GGUCAUGUAAAGCUUUUGAAAGGAAAUUAUGAUCCAGAUGAAAUGCCACAAAAUUAUAUUACUGAUUUAGUGGCCAUAUGCAUCGAAAAAUGUUGCCUUAAAGUCUCGCAGCCUCAGAAAAAUUCUUCUAAGGAAGUAAUAUCAAAAGAAGGAGUUUUCAGUUCCUAUGAUCUUUGUGGUGCAAAAUUUUUAAUUCUGCCAAAAGGAUUAUCAAAAAAGAGUAUUUGGAAGAAGAAAUACCCUAUUUGUGUCAUUUUACCUUUGACAUCUGAAAAGUCGCUUUCUAUUUCUGAUAAUUCUGAAGACUUGGAUAAAACUUGUACUGAUUAUUUCUCAUUUGUUCCUUAUGAAGAUGGACUAUUUGAAAGCACUAAACAAAAAGCAAUGUACUUCUUUGCAUUAACUGAUCGUGAAAAAGAAUCAUGGUUUUGGGCUUUGCAUAACAGUCUUGCUGAAUGUGAUAAAAAUUCCUGUAUGCAAAUUCUCUCUCAGUGUGAUGCUUCCCCAAAGCAUGAUUUAUCAACCAUCAGCUAUUCUUCUCUGCUGGAAAUGAAUUCAGAUGAAAAUUUGCCAGAGGAUGGUUUUGAAAUGGAUUCAGAAGUAAAAUUAAGCAGUAAAACAAAAAAUGUUCUAAAUUUUGAUUAUUAUAUGACUACACUCUUUGAAAAUUAUAAAAAGAAAAUCAACAUUUCUGAACAUUCUGGAAGUUUUGAAGAUCAUGUACUUGAUUCCAAACAGGAUAUGCACAAAGAAUACAGUUUCUUAUCAAAUAAAUUAAAAAUUUCUGAUCAUUCUUCUGUGGAUUGGCUAAAUGUAGCUCUUGGUCGCCUUUUUUAUGACUUUCUAACUCAAAAGUAUUGGUCUGAUGACAUAAAAGCAAGAAUUCAAAAGAAACUAGACAAGAUAGAAAUGCCGACCUUUGUAGAAUCACUCCAAGUCAGCGAUGUAUUCUUGGGCACCAACCUUCCACAAAUUCAUACAGUUUCAAAUCUAGUUAGAGACAGCUUUGGUAUGUGGAUUGAUUUUGAUUUUAAUUAUGAUGGGAGUUUCCUGAUGACUCUGAAAACUAGAUUAAAGAUGACUAGAGGGAAGCAUUUGGAAAAUACUGGUAUUACAGAUCCAUCAGCAGUGAAACAGAAUGGAGAUUCCAUUGAUUCUUCAGAUGAGGAUGAAAGUGAAGCAAAAUCACAGUCUGUUAACCGAAAUAAGUUGUUCAACAAAAUUGAGAAAUGGAUUUCAUAUAGGCAUUUUCAGACAGUCGCACAGAGCAAAUUUGUAAAACGCUAUGUAGGGGAUAUAUCAAAUAUGCCUCUUACUCUUACUGUAGAAGUAAAUGCUUUGCAUGGAAUUCUAACUGUUAAUAUUCCUCCUGUUCCCUCUGACCGUGUGUGGUAUGGUUUCCGGAAAGAUCCUGUCUUGUCUCUUACUGCUUAUCCUAAAGUUGGAACUCGUGAGAUAAACUUGUCAGCUGUUGUGCAAAUGAUAGAGAGAAAAUUAAUUCAAGAAUUUAAAAAAGCACUUGUGAUGCCAAAUAUGGAUGAUUUGAUCAUUCCUAUCAUGUAUACUUCAGUAUAUGAUCAUUAAAUGGCCCAAAUUUAUGGCUAAAGUGUUGGUGAAGAAUUUUUUUAAAAUAUGCUUUAUAAACUGAUUUUAUAAUGGGCCUUUUUUUCAUUGGCCAUGCUUUUGAAUUCUUAAGCUAUUUAGGAUAUUGUAAAUAUUAGUUGCUCAUGUUGCAUUUAGCUAAGUAAAUAAUUGUGAUAAAAUUUUAAUAAAUAUGGAUUAUUUUUGAGAAGCAACUGUGAUAUAAUGUUACAAAAUGGGAGAUAGUUCCUUUGUGUAUGAUGGUUGUGUGUAUCUAUUGUACAUCUUGUCAUUUAUUGAAUAGGGAGCUUUGGUGCAUUUUAUUAAUGAAAGUGGUUUUUCUCCGCAUAAAGUUUUAGAUGGAUAUUUAUUGUACCUACUGCUCAGAAAACAUAUAUAACAUCUCCUUGCUUUUAAGAAUUAUAAUAUAUUUAUCUCGUGUUUUCUAUUUAUAUAACUGAUAUUGUAUUUUAAACACUUUUAUGUAAAUUUUGGAUUUUCAUAUUCAGAAUAUAAAGAUUACUCUUUUACAUCUUUCAUGAAAUUUUAUUAAUAAAAAUUAUUUCUCUUAAAUAAAAUUAAAUAUUUUGAGUUUUAUGCUCUUAUAUAUCAUUUUAUCCUCCUCAAGUAUUUGUUUUACAUGUUGUUUGUUCUUUUUGUAUUUCUCAUUAAUGCUUUGUAGACUUUUAUUAAGAAUAUAUGUUUCAUUGUAUUUCUACUUACAUACAAAUUGAAUUUUGAAAACAAUUUUAACCUCUUUUGACUGUUUUCUGUAGUUUUAUUUGAAUUGUAUAUGAUGCAAAAUAUUUCAUUUUUAACUUUCUCUAUGUACAAAUAUUAAUGUACAAAAUAUGAUGUAGUUUAGUUAUAUUAAAGUGUUAAAUGUGAUAUAAAUAUGAGCUUACAUAAUACAUUAAAAUUAUUUUAAUUGUUAGUACUUAAUACUAUGAAAAAAAUUUAGCAUAUUUUAUAGAUCUUUUUCCAUAAAAAAUGGUUCUAAUGUUAUGCAGGAUAUUUCAGGAAUGUAGCGUACAUGAUCUUUAUUUAAUAGGGGAUUUGUUUAAUGGCUGAAUUAUUUUAAGUGAAUUUUUAAUUGUAGCAGUGGUGGUAUUCAAAUAAUUUAACAAUUGGUUCACUGCCUAAAUAAGCAAUAAUUAGCUGUCAUAACUAAAUAGUAUUGAAUUGCAUAUGUACAAUAUUACAAUUUAGUUUUAUCAAUAGUUCACAAAAAUAAAAAUAGUUUAAGAAGCAAUUCUACUGAACUAAUAUGAAAUAUCUGAUUAUCUGAUUCCUGCCAUUGUUAUAAUUACAGUUAAAUGGAGUCGACGUUAUUUUUAUGUCUGAAAAAUCUUGAAAUAUGAUUGGCAUAAUUUAGAACUUAAGCUAUGAUUAUUAAUGUGCAUUCAGUUUUAACAUAAAUCUUAAUACUAUUUUAUAAAAUAUAUUUUUCUUAUAAGAAAUAUUUUUGCACCUUUUGAAUAAGUUUAUGCAUUUUUGUUCAGUUUUUCUUUUAAUUGCAUAUGUUGCAUGUUCAGUUAUUUGAUACUGAUCACAUUUUAACAACAUUUAAUUUAAUAUUUAUAUCACACUGGUUAAUAUUUAAUACAUCAAGUAAUUGUAAUAUUCACUUAAACUCUUCUUAAUUAAUAAACCCACUCUACAGGCUGGAGUGAUUUUUACCAUAUUAUUUUCAUAUAUGAUUUUGUUAAAAAUACUUCUAGUUUAAUAUACUCUUCAAAUGUAAUAAGCAGUUAUAAAUAAAGCAAGUCAAGUGACAAGGGGAACAUUAGGACAAGGGAAACUGUAUUUAUCUUGAUGAAUUCAAAAAUGAAAAGUAACAAGUUCAUUCAAAAUAUUUUUUGUGAUAAUUACAACAUUUAAUUAAUGAUUGUGAAGCACUUCAGAGCUGUUUGUUUAAAAGGAAGAAUUACUUUCCUUUAAACAAACAGCCUAUGAAAGCCUUUCUAACAUGAUUGCCUCAUAUUUACAUUGCAAUAGCUGGGUCAUAUAAUAUAAAGCUUAUAAAAUUAAUAGCAUUUAUUAUUUUUAUAUAUGGUAUUUCAUAAUUAUAGUAUGCAUAUUUUGAAGUUAAUGUAAAACUUUAUGUAUUAAUUUUAAGCAGGAUAAAUUUUACAUUUUAUUUCCUUAUGAUACUUUUGUGCUCUUUUUUUUUAUUGUCCUUUAUAUUUCAUAUGAUUAAGAGAAUGCUUUGAAUUCUUUUGUUAUUUCUGUCAUGUGUGAAUUAUUAGAAAAUCAGUUAUUUGGCAUUUAUAUAAAUUUUUACUCCAAAAAUAUGUCUGCCUUUAUCUUUCUUUUACCUACAUUUACUGGAAAUUUAUUUUGAUAUCAUCAGCAUUAUUUUUGAUUUAUUCACUGAAAGAUGUAAUUUUCCAAUAUUGUUCAUUUGAUUCCAUGAGAGCCGAAUGAAGCUCAAGACUUUUUGUCAUUUUCAUCUGUAUGAUAUAUGUUUUGGAACAUUUCAGAAAUUUUCAUUAAUUGUACAGUCUUGAAUUUUACUAAAUAAAGGUAGAUUUACUAUUUUU